GACGCCCAUAGAGCGUCUGGGGAUCAUGAAAAAGCAAUCAAGGUCUGGAAAACAGAAACGUUACCAGUGUAUAAAGAUGAACUUGGUGACCACCCUUGGACAGCCUCACUCCUGCGAUACAUAGCCGGUUCGUACAGGUGCCUUGCGAAAUCUGAAUCUGCAGAUUCUGGAAUAGCUGAUGAAGCUGAAAUGUACAGCAAAGAGGCUCUGGAAAUGCGAUUCAGGUUGCUAGGAGAACAUCAGGAUACCGCUCGGUCCUAUGUUGACCUUAGCGACAUUUUGAUCUUUAAACAAGAUUUCAAGUCAGCUACAGAACAGCUUGAAGAGGCCAUUGAAAUCCAGAAAAAGGUUUUAGGUGAAGAACACGAGACCACGAAAAGAACAUUAGAACAAUUGAGGAAACUACAGUCCAUGGUAGAAUGA